AUGUCGUCUUCUAAAGAGAGUUCGUCUCCCCACAAGCCGAAGCCCGCCGGGCACCACCCAUUUUCUGCCUCGAUCCCCAACGCACACAAGAAGAGACGGUAUAACGUUCUGGCCAUGACCGACAGAUACGCUGGCCCCAUGGAUCCAGAAACUUUUUGUGAUGAAUUCUUGCCAGUCUCCGGCGAGCAAAGGCCCACUGCCGUUGCAGCAUUCAACGACAUGAAGAAAUGUGAGACAGAGACAGAUAUGUACAAGGCAUUUAUUGCAUGCGUCAAGGCAGCCAGAUUCUGCCGGGACUACGAAUUCGUUGCUACUGCUACCACAAAAGACCCGAACGACCCCAACAAGAGAGGAUAUCAGAUUGUGGAUAUGGGUCUCUAUCACAAAGACCAUGCACCCGAACCUGGCCCAAACGGGGGGCUACCCGCUUCACGAUGGGAUAGAAUUGCAUUAUUUGCCGAGUUUAAGACGCAAGCCAAUUCAAAGUCGGCGGAUCCUUUCGAAGAUGGCGACACCAAACAGCGCAGGGAGGUGCGUGGCCAGCUCAUAGGGUAUGCCGCGGAGAUCUUUGCACGUCAACAUCGCACCCAUGUAUUCUCUCUCCUCAUCCUUGGUGAAUACGCACGAUUUGUUCGGUGGGACCGUUCUGGCGCAGUAUUUUCCGACAAGAUCCACUACGCGCAGAAACCUAAGCAGAUCUCCGAGUUUAUCUGGAGGUUCGUCUGCGCUACUCCUCAGGAGCAAGGUUACGAUGAGAGCGCCGAGGAGAUCAAGAAGGAUUCCCUUGAAUACAAAGCUAUGAUGGACGCGCACAAGUACACGGACGUUCCUUACGUGGCGGACUAUUUCAAAAAGACGUGCGACUCGGACUGGCCGUGGUACAAGCUCCGCGUCGACGUCGAACCAAGUCCAUUUCCCACCGACGCCCCUCACCCCGAAACGUCUGCUGACGAUCCACGCCUACCGACCCGGGGCUCUCCGACGACAGAGCCUCGCUAUUUUCUAGUGGGCAAACCACACACUCCGACGGCCGGUUUGACAGGCCGAGCGACGCGUGGAUACAUAGCCUGGGACCUUACGGGCCGCAGGCUGGUGUUUCUCAAGGAUUGCUGGCGUGUAGACUCGCCGCGCCUGGAGAAGGAGGGCCAUACUUUGCUCAAACUAAAAGAGGCUAAGGUUCAACGCACGCCUACCCUAGAACGAGAAGGUGUGGUCAAGGCAAUGAAGCCUCACGUGCAUUAUCGUCUUGUUGUGGAGGAAAUCGGGUGCAGGCUUGACGACUUCGCCGAUUCAAGAGAGUUGGUCUUGGUCAUCUAUGAAUGCCUGUACGCACACGCUAUGGCUUUCAAACAGGCCAAAAUCCUACAUAGAGAUGUUAGUGCCGGCAACAUCUUGAUCAUGCGGAAGGAAGUAAACGGGGUGAUCUACUCCUCCGGUCUGCUGAACGACUGGGAUUUAUCAAAGAAUGUAGACAUCAAGGAAGUCCGGCAAGUGGACCGUACUGGUACAUGGCAGUUCAUGUCUGCGCGGCUUCUUCUUCACCCAUCAAAGGUCCAUAUGGUGCAGGAUGAUCUCGAGUCCUUUCUGCAUGUCCUUGUCUAUGAGGCGGCACGCUGGUUGUCACGUCAAGGCCGCACCUCCCUAGACGAGUUCAUGCACUCGUUCUUUGAUGAAGUCGAACCCAUGGACAACGAAACUAUUGGUGGAGUUCACAAGGCUCACUGCUUUUUCACUGGUGCGCUCGGAUUCACAUUCAAAUGCGAGCAACUUCAGCACAUUAUUACGACACUCUUCGGAUGGUUCAAAGCCUAUUAUAACCUACACGAAGACCGUUCGCAGAUUCCUGAGAAGGUUGCGAACCCUUCAUUUAGUCUUAGCGAGGGGCACUCGAGACCGCCGCAGCCACUGGACUUGGUGCCUGAGGGGAGUUACUUGCCCGCUAAGGAAGCGCAACCCCUCGAUCCCAAGGUGGCCAAACAGGCCUACGCAGAAGUGGCUGAAUACCUGCAGGACCAUAACCACAUGAUUGCGCUCUUCGCUGGCCAAUUACGCCUGCCGGAUUGGCCUCAGAACGAUAGACUGCCUGAAUUACAAGUGGACCCAUACUAUCAGCCCGACCCGCUGGGCCUUGAGUCCACUUCCAGGAGGUCGUCUAAGCGCAGUGCCAGUCAGCUUACUGGAUUGGAUACGGAUGUCAGUGAGGAGCGGAGGGCAAAGGCGUCUCGCAGCAGAGGGUAG